ACACGAUGUAUGUGUUAAACCCAGUGGCCUAUUUUUCAUUAAUACAUUAAUUAAAUUAAUCUCAUUAUGGAACCAGGCUUUGUAGCUAACAACAGGGCUAUUUCUGUGUAGCUAAAGUCGGGCUACAUCGUACAUUACGGUACCGCGAUCCUCGUCAUAAGGAGGUCAAAGGACGACAACAACAGACCUGAGCAGUCACAGCGGUGAAAUGGCUCCUUCAGUGGGCUCCUCAGUCAUGUCACCUGUCAGACUGGGUUGUAUGUACCGCAGAGUGUGUUGGACAGCCAGCAGGACGCUCUCUGUGAACGGCUUGGGUCAAAGGAGUGUGAGUCCAGCUCCAGGUGCCGCAGCUCUGUGCAGACAAACACACUCUCCCCGGUGGAUCGGGACUCGAGGGCUUUUCUCCCGUGGCGGUGGCGGUGCAGACGAGGAGCAGCUGACUCUGGAGGACGUCGCCAAGAACAUCAGAGAGCGGCAGUUUAAGAGGGUGGUGGUGAUGGCUGGAGCCGGGAUCAGCACGCCGAGUGGCAUCCCAGAUUUCAGGUCUCCAGGCAGCGGUCUCUAUGACAACCUGCAGCAGUACGACCUGCCGUACGCCGAGGCCAUAUUCGAGAUCGACUUUUUCCAUCACAACCCUAAUCCGUUCUUCGCCCUGGCCAAAGAGCUGUACCCGGGGAACUAUCAGCCCAACCUGACUCAUUAUUUUGUGCGACUGCUCCACGAGAAGAAGCAGCUGCUCAGGAUGUACACGCAGAACAUCGACGGGCUGGAAAGACUGGCAGGAAUUCCUCCUGAGAUGUUGGUGGAGGCUCAUGGUACAUUUGCCACGGCCACCUGCACCGUCUGCCGGAGGAAAUACAAGGGAGAGGAGCUGCGACCCGAUGUGAUGAGCGGGACGGUCCCGAAGUGUCCCACCUGUACGGGUGUCGUCAAGCCCGACAUCGUGUUUUUCGGGGAGGAGCUUCCUCGUCACUUCUUCAAGUACCUGACAGACUUCCCACUGGCCGACCUGCUGAUCGUCAUGGGAACCUCGCUGGAGGUGGAGCCCUUCGCCAGCCUGGCAGGAGCAGUUCGCAGCUCCGUCCCUCGUCUGCUUGUCAACAGGGACCUGGUGGGGCCGUUCGCCUGGCGCCGCCGGCCUCAGGACGUCGUGCAGCUGGGGGACGUGGUCGGCGGCGUGCAGUCCCUGGUCGACGCUCUCGGCUGGACUCAGGAGCUGGACGCUCUGAUGGCGGCCGGUGCUGAGAAAGCUGCCACAAAGACAGAAGAGUGAACAUUUCACUGCAUCACGCUGGAAGAUUGACUUUGUUCACUGCACCCAGUAAUGAAAACACCAACAAUGUGCUGGUGUGCUGAUGUUUGGAUUACUGGUCAUGCCAAUGGAAACUCGCACACUGCCAGAAAAGGGAACUGCUCCACUGGAAAUGCAAUAAAACUGAACUUUUUGUCAGUAAAAUAUCCCUAACUUGCAGGUAAGUGAUGAAGUGUGGACAAAUCAAACGACAAAAGGUUUUGGUGGUAAAAAUAGUUGAACUGUAGAUGCUCUUGUGCUGCUUGUCGUCCAUGUUGAGCCAAAAAGAAAUACUUUGAAUAUUAUAUUUUAUUUAUGAGCCUCUAACUUAAUCAAAUGUGUCAAAUCUGUAUGAAAGAAAUGCAACAACGACCUUCAUGAUGGCCUUUGUUUUCAUGAAGAAUCAGAAUUGAAUCCCAUUGAAGAAUCACUGGUUUUAGUGGAAUUGAAUGUCUUUGUUAUUAUGAUGUGUAAUACAAGCUGAAGUCUGGUGCUGAAUGUCAGGAGUGCUGCAAUAAAACUCUUGGUAAAUAUUGUA